GCCAGGCUACAGUAGCCACCUAGCAGUAGUGGGAGUGGAGCAGAACACAAACGGAAUACAGUGAAAUUCAGAUCUCGCAAUCACUGACUGCUUAGGAAGCUCCGUCAGUUUUAAGAAACAUUUUCUAGAAAAACAAGCAGCAUAUUACUUGCCCACUGGUAUAUAUGGUUCUGCAUUUGAUCAGCUGCUUCCAUUUAUAAAUACCACACUGAAAACAAAUUAGAGGCAAGAGGAGCCAGCAGCAUAAUGCAAGCUUAUCCCUGCCCAUUCUGAAACAUGUCUGCCAGCCUGCACUGCCAUUGCACAGCAAGGUGAAGAUUUUUCAAAGUACUGAAAACAAUGCCUACAUGAUCUGAGAGAGCUCUGAUAAAACAUUUCAUAACUCUUCAGUUUAUUCUUACAAACCUCAUGGAAAACAAGGAAACAAAUUAGGACUUUGUUGUCUAAUCAGAACCUGAAUCGUAAAGAAAAACAUAGUAUUAAGGACCUAGAAGGAGAUCAGGCGCUCUGAUGGAGACGCAGCAGGCAACUGCAUGUUCUGUUGAGCCAGAAAACUAACAAUGAUUGCAGUGGUAAUGGAUAAGCCAAAUACGACAAUCAACGAAGCAAUUAAAGCAGCUUUGGGUCACUACACACUGAAUUGAACCCUACUUCAAAAACAGCUGUUGAUACUGAAGCCGGUUGGAUUUUCCCCAUCUUACAGCACCUCGCAGGUCCCUUCUCUGAGCAGUACAUUGCCUGAGUGAGUAGAAACACACAGAUCAGCUGCAGGUUUCUAUCUACAGAAACAGAGUGAAAGAAAAAAAAAGGGUUGGAGAAGGAGAGACAAAUAUUGACUUGGCCUUAUAAAAAAGACAUCCAACGGCUGAAUAAAGAAACCCUGUUCAUGUUUUGGGAUAUUCUUUCAACUGGCUGGAACAAGAGUGGAUCAAAAGAAUGGGAAAUGCCAGCAGACCCUUUGGAAGAAUUGCUUAUUUCCUAUGCCUUUUAUCUGUGCUUUUGCUGACUGAAGGGAAGAAACCAGUGAAGCCAAAAUGUCCUGCCUGGUGUACUUGUACCAAAGAUAAUGCUGUAUGUGAAAAUGCCAGAUCUAUUCCACGCAGCGUUCCGCCUGAUGUUAUCUCAGUAUCCUUUGUGAGAUCUGCUUUUACUAAAAUCCCAGAAGGGAGUUUUUUGUUCACACCGUCUCUGCAUCUUCUGUUGUUUACAUCAAAUUCUUUUGAUGUUAUCAGUGAUGAUGCUUUCAUGGGCCUUCCUCAUCUAGAAUAUUUAUUUAUUGAGAACAACAGCAUUAAGUCAAUUUCAAGAAAUACUUUCCGAGGACUGAAAUCUUUAAUUCACCUGAGCCUUGCAAACAAUAAUCUCCAAACACUUCCAAAAGACAUCUUUAAAGGCCUGGAUUCUUUAACAAUUGUGGAUCUUAGAGGGAAUGCAUUUAAUUGUGACUGCAAACUAAAAUGGUUAGUGGAAUGGCUGGGCAGCACUAAUGCAACAGUAGAAGAUAUUUACUGCGAAAGUCCACCAGAAUAUAAGAAGCGUAAAAUCAAUAGCCUUUCUCCAAAGGAAUUUGAUUGUAUUAUUACAGAAUUUGCUGUUUAUCAGUCCCUCCCAUAUCAGUCUCUGUCAGUAGAUACUUUCUCAUAUAUGAAUGAUGAGUAUGUGGUUGUUGCCCAACCUUUUACUGGAAAAUGCAUCUUUCUUGAAUGGGACCAUGUAGAGGGGACGUUCAGGAAUUAUGACAACAUUACAGGUACUUCAACUGUGGUGUGUAAGCCCAUAGUUAUUGAGAGCCACCUAUAUGUCAUUGUUGCCCAACUUUUUGGAGGCUCCCAUAUCUAUAAGAGAGAUAUUUUUGCUAAUAAGUUUAUAAAAAUUCAAGAUAUUGAAAUUCUUAAAAUCCGAAAACCCAAUGACAUAGAAACGUUCAGGAUUUCAGAAGACUGUUUUUUUGUUGUAGCAGACAGUUCAAAAGCUGGGUUUACCACAGUUUACAAAUGGAAUGGAAAUGGAUUCUACUCUCAUCAGUCUCUGCAUGCAUGGUAUAGAGAUACUGAUGUGGAGUAUCUUGAAAUAGCUGGCAAACCUCAUUUAAUUCUAUCAAGUAGCUCCCAACGACCUGUCAUAUAUCAAUGGAACAAAGGAACAAAUGAAUUUGUUAAGCGUUUUGAUAUCCAAGACAUGGAAGAUGUGUAUGCAGUAAAACACUUCACGGUGAAAGAGGAUGUAUACAUUUGUUUAACUCGAUUUAUUGGUGAUUCUAAAGUAAUGAAGUGGGGAGGUUCCACAUUUCUGGAUUUACAAAGAAUGCCAUCCCGAGGAUCAAUGGUAUUCCAGCCUCUUCAAAUAAACAAUUAUCAGUAUGCCAUUCUUGGAAGUGAUUAUUCUUUUACUCAAGUCUAUUAUUGGGAUGCUGAAAAAGCAAAAUUUGUGAAGUUUCAAGAAUUAAACAUACAGGCACCAAGAUCUUUCAUACAUGUUUCCAUUGAUAAGCGAGAUUUUCUCUUUGCUUCAAGUUUUAAGGGAACUACACUGAUUUAUAAACAUGUCAUAGUUGACUUAAGCGCAUGACAUCCAUAAUUCUGAGAUUACAUCAGACUUUCUACCAUAAGUGGACAAAAUGAACUAAAUGCAUGACGAUUCUCUUUAUCCUGCUUCCAGAUGAAUGCCUUUAAAAGUUGAGAUUGCUAGAACAAAGUAUUACUAGUAUCUUCAUCUUUAAUUGUCAAGUCUAGUGGUGUUGGAAGUUGCAUUUUUUAACAAAAAUAAAUUAAAUGAUUAACUGUUCUUUGCAUCCACAGUAUGUAAAUAUGUGUGCAACUGCAUCUGUUGCUAUGGAAAAAAAUACUAAGAUGUAAUUUUCCAUUUAUUUAUUCACCUGUUUGAAAACAACUGCCAAAUAAAAUGUUUACAUUUUCUGUCUUUCACAUUCCAAAUAUGAUUAUUUGCAGGUGAUACGUUUCAUUUGUGUAUAUAUUAUACACACACAAAAUAAACACAAGCCAUGUAUUGUCCACGGCAGUGUUUUGGUUAAAUGUUUCUCUUACUAUUAUAAACCACAGCAGCAACGCGUGAGUGGUUUAUACAUACAAUCAGAACUUCAUGAUUAAAAUCCACCAUCACACCCUGAUCCUAGAAAUAUUCCUAGGUGGACUG